ACUCCUCAAUACAGGCCCCAAUCUCACUCGCACUCAAGAUCAUUGGCGGACUGGGAACACUCGACCCGAGGUGAUGACGUCGUUCCUGUCGGCCCUGCGCGCCGAAUUCCCUGCUCCAUCAUCGACACUUAGUGUUGCCAGCCAAAAUGCAACGAUUUCCGAGUCCUCACGCCUCCCACCGCGCUCUACCGGCAAAGUUAUAACCAAUCAAAGUCGCACAUUCCGAGAUCCCUUCCUGUCCUCGGACAAAUUGUGGGAAAUUUCAACCCCCACGCAUCGCCGCGACCUGCUAAAGGUACUACAAGUAGAACAUGAUGCUCUCCGUGCAGCCAAUGAACGCGAGGCCGCUGCAGGCGCUGUAGGCGCCGUGUUGACCUCCAAGAAGAACAAAACCAAAGAUCAGAAACCCAAAGCCAAGAAGGACGCGGCGGAGCUUCUACUAACGGCCUGUGCUCAGCACACAGCGGCCAAUAGUGACAGCUGCUUCCUGACUACAUUGGAGCUGGCCGAAUCCGUCCUGCAGACUGUGCAGGACAGUCCUGAUGCAGACACAGUGCAGGCCCAACUCUUCGGUCUUGUGGGCGUUGAGGGCAUGGACCUUAUAGCAUUUGCAGUGCAGAACCAGAAGGAAUUAAGCAAUUCCAAUGUAACCAAACAGAAGUUGCAGGACACGCAGAAGAUGCUGGAGAUGGCCGAAAAGUACGAGAGUGGAGGUGCACGACCAACGGGGUUCAGUAUCCAGACGGAGUCUGAGCAGCAAUUCCUACGCCAACAGAGAAAAGCUCAACGUAGAGCUAAUAGACAGAACGAAGAAGAGGAGGAUGUGAAUUGGUUGGAAGCUGCAGGGUACGAUCCCGAAGUUCUGAGAUUGCAGAGAGAGUUCGCAGAGGAGGAGAGGAGACUCCAGUCUUCGUCCCUUGUACAGCGUGAGUUUGGAGCUUUGCAGGGAGGAUACGACUCCACUGCUGCAGCAGGCCAGUUGGCGUCAGCGGGGGCGCUAACGUUGCCCUCAAACACCAAGAGAACGCACUACAAAGGCUACGAGCACGUGUUCAUCCCUGCCCAUGCAAGAAAAGCUCUGGGAAAAGAAGAAAAACUCGUGUCAAUCUCCAGCCUCGAAGACUUUGCGCAGACAGCGUUUCACGGGAUCACGAAGCUCAAUCGUCUGCAGUCCAAGCUCUUUAACGCGGCGUACAAUUCCAACCAGAACCUGCUGGUCUGUGCCCCCACUGGAGCUGGUAAAACGAACGUGGCGAUGCUAACAAUUCUCCAGGAAGUCAAGACGCAGUUAAACCGUCAGUCCAGUCAAGGUGUGGCCAACAUGAAGAUCAUCUACGUGGCUCCUAUGAAGGCUCUGGCACAAGAAGUGGUGACCAAAUUUGGACAAAGACUGCAGGCUUUAAAGUUAAAAGUUCGUGAACUUACGGGCGAUAUGCAGCUCACUAAAAAGGAGAUCGAAGAGACCCACGUGAUCGUCACAACUCCGGAGAAAUGGGACGUCAUCACGCGCAAGUCCAGUACGCAGCAGUCGCUACUGAGUCAAGUGAAGCUGCUGAUUAUCGAUGAGGUCCACUUACUAGCAGACGAACGAGGUCCCGUUAUUGAGACUAUUGUGGCUCGUACACUACGUCGAGUGGAGAGCACACAGAGCAUGAUCCGGAUCGUCGGUCUAUCCGCUACUCUUCCCAACUACGUCGACGUGGCGUCGUUCUUACGUGUGUACGUUCCGAGUGGAGACUCUCGUAUGCAGAACGCAGCUACGAACGGUGGGAAAGGUGGCCUGUUCUUCUUUGACUCGACCUACCGACCUGUUCCUUUGGAUCAAACGUUCAUUGGUGUGAGUACCAACGCAAACUUGAAAGAGGCGCUGGGAUUGAGUGCAGCAGCGCUCUCUACAGUCACAGCGAGUGAGGAAGAUCUUGCCAAGGAGAAGAAAGCAGCAGGCGCGACUAUGAGUCGACAACGGCAGAUCCAGUUGAUGAUGAACAAGCUCACGUUGGCGCAUUGUUUAAAACAAGUUCAGCAUAACGAACAAGUGAUGGUGUUUGUUCACUCGCGGAAAGAAACAGCAGCCACGAUGCACAGUAUCGUCGAGCUGGCACGUGGGAACGAGGAAGAGCCUGGUACGUUGGAGGCUUUUCUACCGCCUCCUGAGCUCCAGAUGCCUAUAAAUUUACAAGAACGGGUGCAAAAGAGUCGCAAUAAAGAGCUCAAAGAGCUUCUGGGAUACGGAAUGGGUAUCCACCAUGCCGGUAUGCUGCGUAGCGACCGAAACCUGACCGAGCAGCUCUUUGAACUUGGCUACAUUCGUGUGCUGUGCUGUACUGCGACGUUAGCCUGGGGUGUGAAUCUACCAGCACAUUCAGUCCUUAUUAAGGGUACGCAAGUGUACAACGCUGAUAAAGGAGGCAUGACGCAGCUGAGUAUGCUGGAUGUGAUGCAGAUCUUCGGUCGUGCCGGCCGUCCACAGUACGAUACCAGUGGUGACGCUGUACUGGUGACGACUCAAGACCAACUUCCUCAUUAUCUCCGCUUACUUACUACUGGUAUACCGAUGGAAUCUGCUCUAAUCAAGGCUCUUCCUGACCAUCUAAACGCUGAGAUUGUGUCUGGAACUGUGAGCAAUCUGGACGAGGCCUGUACGUGGCUUAGCUACACGUACUUGUACGUACGCAUGAGGAAGAAUCCUCUCGCUUACGGUAUGAAGCUGGACGAUGUGAACGAAGACCCGAUGCUGAUCACAAGACGCAGGCAGCUACUCACGGACGCAGCGGAGAAGCUCGCAACCUGCCGGAUGAUCAAAAUUUUACGCGAAAAAGUGCAUUUGAAUUCGGACCGAGAAGGUAAAAUCGCGUUCGCUGUGACGUCCAUGGGGCGGGUGGCGAGUCAUUUCUACAUCCAACACACGUCCAUCGAGACGUUUAACGAUCUUCUGGACAGUAAAGCAGGGCAGAAGGAGGACAACGAGGACGAUCUGGACUGGGAGAAGGUGCUGUUAGUGCUGUGUAGCAGCAACGAGUUCGAGCAGUUGAAGUCUCGCGAAGAAGAGAUGCCGGAGCUGGAGAAACUGAAGCGCAGAUUCUGCCGCUUUGACGUGUUGGGAGGCGGCAUGGACACGUACACUGGCAAGACGAACAUUCUGCUGCAGGGUCUGAUUGGCCGCGCUCGAGUGUCGUCUUUUACGCUCAUUUCCGACACGAAUUACGUCGCGCAGAAUGGCUCUCGAGUAUGUCGUGCGUUGUUUGAGAUUUGUUUGAAGAAGAACAGCGCUCGAAAGGCUGAGAAAUUCCUCCAAUUGGCCAAAUGUAUCGAUCAGAAGAUGUGGUUCGACCAGAACGCGAUGCUACAGCUGCCCAAUGUGCCGCUAGACAUCGUCGGAGAAGUGGAUCGGCGUCAUAACAUGACUCUGUACGACGCAGUGGCUGACCCUGGCGCCUUUAACCUCAAUUCUAAGGUCAAGAAAUGGGUGCAAAGCGUCCCGUUCAUCGACAUUGACAACGUCCAGACUCAACCGUUUGGAGGCAAUAUGAUCAAGCUUACAUUCGAGCUUUAUCCGCUGUUCCCAGAGUGGAAAGAAGGGGUUUUCCAGGGUAAAACGCUGGCCUCAUGGCUCUGGGUGGAAGACGCGAUCACUGGAUACAUCUACCAUUCCGAGUACUCUGUGCUGCAUCAAAGUCGCUUCUUGGGAUGGAAAGCAGGCACUCAAAGCCUCGAGGUGGAGUGCUACUUGCCAGUAUUUAUCUCUCUGACGCAGACAGAAGCCAACUACGUGAUUCGAAUCCUGUCAGAUCGCUUUGUGGGCAUCGAAUCUUACUACGAAGUGAGCUACAAACCGAGUGUGAGCGCAGUGGUUGAGAAGAAGGAGGAGAUGUACACGAAGCUGCUGCGUCUACAUCCUCAGCCUCUCCAGUCUCUGGACGAUCCAGUGUACCAGGCGCUGUAUGUGGGCAAGUUCCAGUACUUUAACCCGAUCCAGACGCAAACUUUCCACCAGCUGUACCAUCAGAAUGGGAAUAUACUGCUCUGUGCUCCCACUGGUAGUGGGAAAACGGUGUGUGCCGAGUUGGCUAUGCUUCGAGUGUGGAAGCAGCUGAGCGAGAAGAGUGAAGGUGCUUCAAGACGCACUUCUCAGUCGUUGAUCGUGUACAUUGCACCGAUGAAGGCUCUGGCUCGUGAGAAGGUGGCGGAGUGGAAAAAUCGCUUCGAGAACAACGCACAGCUGCGUAAAAAGGUGGUGGAAGUGACGGGUGAUACGCUGGUUAACGUGGAUUUUAUCCUGAACAAGGCGGAUAUUGUGGUUACGACACCGGAGAAAUGGGAUCUCCUGACAAGAAGCAGCUCAAUUGGCCGUGCGUUGAUGUCUAAGAUGGCUCUUGUCGUGGUAGACGAGGUCCAUUUGGUAGGUGAGGCGCCUCGUGGAGCUGUACUGGAAGUUCUGAUCAGUCGAUUGAGACGAUUCCAGCGCUCUGGGCCUCCGAUUCGAGUCAUCGGCCUCUCGACAGCACUGGCAAACGCUGGGGACGUGGGUCGAUGGCUGGGGGGAAUCACUUCAAGUAACGCUAACAACCCGGAAGCUGGUCAGGUGUAUAACUUCCGUGCAUCUGUGCGUCCUGUGCCUAUGGAUGUCCACAUUCAAGGCUUCCCGGAGCGUCAUUACGUGGCUCGUAUGGCGGCUAUGAACAAGCCUACGUUCAUGGCCAUUAAGACGCAUUCUCCAGACAAACCGGUGCUUAUCUUUGUGUCGUCCAAAGCUCAGACGAAGCUGACGGCGCUGGAUUUGAUCCAGUUUUGCGUCGCUGACGAAGGUGGCAAGCGCUUCUUGAAGAUGGACGAAGCAGUCAUGGACUCGAUCUGUCAGUCGAACCAGAUUGUGGACGAGACGCUGAAGCACACACUGUCGUUUGGUAUCGGAUUGCAUCACGCUGGACUGGCACGGAGAGACCGGGGCCUGGUGGAAAAACUGUACAAGGAUCGACUUAUUCAAGUGGUGAUCUCGACGUCCACUUUGGCGUGGGGCGUGAACCUUCCAGCGCAUCUUGUGGUGGUAAAGGGCACCGAGUACUUCCAGAACGGACGAUACCGCUCGUAUCCUUUGAGUGAUCUACUGCAGAUGAUUGGACGUGCUGGACGGCCGUUGUUGGAUGACAAGGGCGUGGCCUGUGUGUUGGUAGAGGAGAGCAAGAAGAACAUGACGCAGCGCUUCCUGUACGAACCUCUGGCGGUCGAGUCGUGCCUUGGAGACAACGCGGUGUUGGCCAAUCAUUUGAACGCUGAGAUUGCAGCAGGACUGAUCCAUUCAACCAAGGACGUUAUGGAUUAUCUGAGCUGGAGCUUGUUGUUCCAACGCGUACUUAAGAACCCAAGUUUCUACGGAGUUGGCACUGAAUUGGAGUCGCACGUUAAGCCUGGCAAGCAGAAGAAGCAGUCGAACAAGUCUACGAAGCAGGACGAGCUGGAGACGUUCUUCCAGCACUUGAUCUCGACUACAAUGGAACAGCUGGAGGUUUCUCAAUGUGUUACAGCGUCACAGACUGACGGCGCGUCAUCGUUCGAGCCAACGUUUGCUGGGAAACUGGCUGCGUCACUGUACGUGGACAUUCGAACAGUGUCCAACAUGCUCACAGCGUUCAAGACUGUUACUGAGAAGAAGACAUUGGAUACCACGUUGCUGCUGCUUUGUGUGAUUUGUGAGUCGAGUAUGGAGCUUCGCGACAUCCCGUUGCGGCAUAAUGAGGUCAUGAGUAACCUCAUUGCGGAUCUCUGCGCUAAGGUCAAGUACUCACCACUCAAGCAUUUAUUUGCCAGCGCUCCAAAGCGUCAGAAGGCGCUACUGGAGACUCACGGGAGUGAAGUGAAGGCUCUGCUAGUGCUCCAAAUGCACUUGAUGGGUAUGCGCUUGCCGUCGAGCGACUUUGUCAACGAUCUUCGGACUCUACUCGACCAUUUGCCACGUCUUCUGAGUGCUGCGAUCGACCUCUGCGCCCACCUGAAGCUUACGGAUCUCGUGUUUGCUGGCAUCCGUUUAUCACAGGCUGUAGUCCAGGGGAGAUGGCCAAAUGACAAGGAAGUGUUGAGCCAAUUGCCCCACGCUUCGCAAGCAGUUGUGAAGCUUCUAAAGGAACAGUUCGGUAUUUCAGACAUUGCUGAGUUACAGGCAGCUCUAGCGGUGAAGAGCAAGAAGACGCAGAUCAUUGAACGUCUUCAGAGUCUACAGAGCCAACGCGGUGGCUUGACGAAGCACAAGAUCAACGAGUUUAUUCGUGUGGCGGAAGGAGUUCCACGUCUUCGUGUGGAUAUCCAGAAGCAGAACCAACAGGUUGAUGUGGAGCUGACGGGCUUGAACGACCAAGGAGCGAAGAAUCUGGCCUUCACGUCGAGGCUGCAGAAACCCAAACCAUACGGCUUCUACGUGAUUUUGACUACCAAGGAAGGAGAACUGGUGCAUGUGAAGCACGUGGCGUGGAAGCACAAGGUCAAAGUCUCGCUCUCUAUGCCAAAGACCAGCGUGGACUACGAGUUGUACGUUUUGUCAGAUGCGAUUGCCGGGAUCGACAGCUCACACGUCGUUACAGCCUAAAGAAUGCUAACGCAUGUGUGUUCUUAUUCCUGUUCUCUGGAUUUUAUAUCCAUAGUCCUGCCCAGGAUAGUAACGACGUUGUAAUCCUUCAAUUAUUAAUACCUAGUCUCAACACGAUAUAGAUACAUUCCCGUU